AUGAUUGAUUUUGAAUCAUUGCUUGAAUUCGAAGAAUCCUUAAGUCAAGGACAACCAAAUCUUGACAACUCAGCAAUUUUGCACAAUUUUGAAGCCAAGAUUGAACAUUUACGAUUCAAAGAAGAACAACAACAAGAAGGUGAGAUUGACAGUAUCUCUUCCACUAGCACACCAUCGUCCACUAGUCUGUCUAUUCCUCCGUCGCUAGAUCAAGUGAUAGCUGCUUACGAUAUAACCCAAGAUGAAUUUGCAACUUGUGUCAAAUGCGGCACCAACUUGUCCCUCAAUACCACCUCAAAAGCGUCCUGUUGUCAAGCGACAAUCACGCGUACCACUACGAUAUCAUCUAACUUGGAAUCAUUAUACUGGACCAGUUUCAUUGAUAAUCCAACAAGAACCAUAAACACAUUACCUCAUUAUACUGAAUUAGUGUUGAAGCAGGGUAUACCAAAUUGUAUUCGAUCAUAUAUUUGGAAGAAAAUAUUUUUGCUUAGCUACAGCACCAUCCCAAAGUCAAUUAGUUUAGUGUAUGCUAAUUUCCAACAUUCUUACAGCUUGGAAGUAUCGCAACAAAUCUCCAAGGAUUUAACGAGAACUUUCCCAACGGUGUCAUUUUUCCAAAAGCAACUGACAAUCGAUGACUUGUCUACAAUUCUCAAUGUUUAUGCCAAUUACGAUCUAGAAUUGGGUUAUUGUCAAGGAUUGUUGUUUCUUGUUGGUGUAUUGUAUCAUCAUUUACAAUCUUGUGAAUUGACAUUUUAUGCAUUGACGACGAUAAUGGAGACUGAAUUGGAACUACAUGAUAUAUUCACGGCUCAACAUAUGUCAAACACAUUAAACUUGUGGUUCUAUCAAUUUAGCCACAUAUUAAAAAUUGUUGAUUCACAAUUGUAUAUUCAUUUGGAUCAAUGUCAAGUAGACAUGCAAAUUUUCCUUUAUCAAUGGUGGCUUUCAUUUAUGUCUUCUCAUACUGCUGAUUUAUCUAUUAUCAAUCGUGUAAUGGAUUUUUGUCAAUUUGAAGGAUGGAAAAUUGGAAUGAUGAAGAUUAGUUUGGGGUUGUUGAUUGUGAAUAAGCCAAUUUUGAUGACUUUGGAUCAAGGUGAUGAAGAAGUUGUUUAUCAACAUUUACUUAAUGAAACAAAAUGGGGUAAUGUUGCAAAUGAUUUAGAUUUAUUUUUUGGCGAUUUUUUGUUUUCAUGGGAUGAUGAAUUGUUCAUGAACCCACCAUCAUCACAACAACAACAACAACAACAACAACACAAUUCAAAUGUUGACUCGAACAUUGUUUCUGCUACUAAGUCUCAAGUCUCACAACCUCAAUCUUCACUAUUAUCCACAUUCAAGUCACUUUCACUAAACUUGAAACUGAAAUCACCAAUGAAGCAUUCUACCAAUACACUUAGGUCACCAUAUACUGGCUUAUCUCGCGAGCGAUCCAGCACUACAACAUCAAACAAUUCAGGACUCAACACUUCAAUGAUUACUUCAACAACAUCAGUAUUCUCAACACUGAACCACACUAGCGCAAUCAAGAAUGGCGAAUUAGAUUCGAUAUAUUCCGAUGUUAGUGAAGUCAGUAGUCAACAAAGUGGCAAUGACGUUAAAUCAUUCACUGAUUACUUGAAACUACCCUCAUUUGGAUCGAUUAACAACGCCAAACGCAAUGAGUUGGGUGACAACUUGAGCAAAAGUAACAGCAGUAGUAGUAAUAGCAGAGAAUCUCUAUUGAUGAAUGAGAAUGAAGCGUUAAGGUAUCUUCUCAAACAAGCUUAUGAUACAUUGGGUAAUGAUGGCGUUGGAAAGAAAGAUGUUGAAGUGUUGAAACUGCAAAUUGAGAAAAUGGUAAUCUAA